CUCCUGAAUGCCACAUCUUCCUUCCGCACGUAACGUCUGACCAUAACAAUGUCCACACGACUGAUGUCCUCACCGCCAUCAACACCGUCACGGCCGACGCGGGUGUACCAGUAUGGCUCGCUCGGCCACCAGCCACUCAACUCGUCCCCGCUCGCGUCCUCCGAGGGCUCGUCGCCGGCCUCCUCGCCAGGAGUCCCGUCAUACGCGCGGCGACGCGCGCAAUACAAGUCCGUUGAGUCGCACUCGGUCAGCUCGCCUUCGGCCUCGCGGAGGCAAUCGCAGCGACGGCGCGUGACGCUCGGCGGGGACCUCUUCCAGCCCAUGCCCCCUACGGCGUCCGCAUCCACGCCGACUGUCCCAACAGAAGAGGCUCCGCGGAAAGCAUUCUUGAGGGAGCGAUUUAGGGCGCGAUGUCUGGAGCGCGCACAAAAGGAUCGCGAGCGGAAGAUUCAGGGGAGACGGAAUGCGAUCAGUGAGGCGAGCAGCGAGGGGGAAGAUGAGAUGAUGGAGGACGACGAGGAUGAAGAGGAGAUGAUAAAUGACGAGCUGUUCCACAGGCUGGUCGCGAGCGGGAAGCGGAAAGAGCAGCACGCAUACCGCCUAUCGUAUCAAGUCGACGUUGGCUCAUCUUUUGAUCCUGUUCUGGAGGAGACAGCAGAGUGGGAGCACGAAACUGUUGACCCGCAGCAUUCGAGCAAUCCAUAUGAUCUGGAGGAGGAGGAACUCGCAGCAUAUGCCGCAGAGUACGAUCUGCAUCUCGAAGACCUCAAUCCGGACGAAUUCUUCACCCACAGUGAUCUGGACGAUUACCCCUUUCCAGAAGAGGACAUGACUGAAGCUGCUCCACGUCUGAACGGCGCAAGAGACGGGCCUGCGGGGCAUGCGCAGGAUGGAGACAUCGAAAUGGUUAUGUGAUUUUGUAUCGUAUUUCGCUAGAGAAUUGUUGCUGCCUUGCUCUGAUCGCAUUUGUAUUUGUACCCCAGGAUGAUGUUUCAAUUGCUAUCGUGGACUUCGGGCCACUUGGUCUGCUAA